AUGACUAAUCCGGUCGCAAUAGCCGGAGCACAGGGCUGGGCGGAGAAAACACGUGCAAGCGGCGCCCGUGGGAGGAAAUGUCUUUCCAGAGUCAACCGUCCAGCGGGCUAUGCUGCAACACCAAUGGGUCAAAAGAAAGUCAAGAGACUCCAGAUGGAUGUUAAGCGGUCCGGAAAGAGGGUUGGCUGGGCGUGGCAAAUGCAAAAUGAAAAAAAGAGUGAUGAUAAGUGGAUAAAAUAG